CAAUCGAACAUUGAUCUGAUCUGAUCGAUUGAUUGGUUUAUUCGCCAAAUGGAAAAAACAAUUUUCACUUGAAAGUUUUUGUUUGUUUGAUUUGAUUUCUCCAAAAAUUUUCAACAACGAUGGAAACAAUUCAACGAUCGUAGGCUGUAAAAGAAAUUAUUUAUUUUGUUGCUGGAAUUUGGAAAAUUUUCGACAAAAGCCAUUUUUGACCAUGUUUCGUUUGUCAAUGUAGAUCAUCGUCAUAACGAUCAACAAGUCAACAAAAUCCAACAACAUAUAGUGUGUCUUGUGUGUGUGUCAUUUUCGAUUUGUUUCACCGAUUUCGAAAUCAUUUUUCUGCGUCAUUUCGAUUGUUCCAAAUCAUCAUUUUGAAGUGAAAAUAAGUGUAUGUUUCGCAUCGGAUUGUUUUGGAAAAGAUCAAUUUUGUGUCAUUUUGUGUGCCGUUAGUCAGUGUUUAUGUGUGUGUGGGCAUUUUAGGGCAUCAUUCGACGAUAAUUGAUUGUGAAAUGAUCGAUAAUAAUGGUAAAAAAAUGACAACAAUGGCAACCAACAAACUUCAAAUCGAUGAUGACGAUAAUGGUGAUGUUCGGCUGUUCCAUCAAAUGAUAAUCGAUACGCCAACGACGACAAAUGUUUUAUUCAAUUAUCAUUCGGUAAAUUCGGAUGGAUGUCACCGCAGACAUCGAUCACAAUUACCAUUAUCUUCCUCUUCACUGAAUGAAUGUUCACAACAUGGAAACAUGAUGGCAAAAUAUAGCCAUCAAUUAAUCAGUUGGAUAAUAAAGUGUUCAUUGCAAUGUUUCUUGUUGAUAAUGAUAAUGACUAUUAUCACUACGGUUCAAGCAUCACGAAGACAUUGGUCAUCACAACAACAAUCGUCGUCCAUGAUGGCUUUAUCGUCAUCAUCAUCACCAAAUGGACAUUAUAACGGGGAAAGUCAUUCAUUACGACAUCAUCGAGAUCAUAUACGUGAAUUCUCAUGUGGCCAUCUUUAUUAUCGUACCAUUUAUAUUGAUCCAAGGCGUGAAUUGCUUUAUGUUGGAGCCAUGGACAACAUUUUUCGCCUUAAUUUAAACAACAUUAAUCGAACCCAUUGUGAGUUUGAUUCGAUAAAAUUGAAUCCACAAAGCAUAUCAAGCUGUAUAGCCAAAGGCAAAUCUGAGCUUUAUGAUUGUCGCAAUCAUAUACGUGUUAUACAGCCGAUUGGAACGAAUCAUGAUCGUUUCUAUGUAUGCGGUACAAAUGCACAUAAUCCUAAAGAUUGGAUCAUUAAUUCAAAUCUAACCAUAUCAAAUGAACCAUUACCUGGUAUCGGUAGCGGUAUUGCAAAAUGUCCAUUCGACCCAGAAGAUAAUUCCACCGCUAUUUGGGUUGAAAAUGGAAAUCCUGGUAAUUUACCCGGUUUAUAUAGUGGUUCAGUUGCUGAAUUCACCAAAGCUGAUACUGUUAUAUUUCGUACUGAUCUUUAUAAUUCAACAACAAUGCAAAGAAUUUAUCCAUUUAAACGUACCAUUAAAUAUGAUUCCAAAUGGUUGGACAAACCAAAUUUUGUUGGAUCAUUCGAUAUUGGUGAUUAUGUUUAUUUUUUCUUUCGUGAAAGUGCCGUUGAAUAUAUUAAUUGUGGUAAAGCUAUUUAUUCAAGAGUUGCUCGUGUUUGUAAGCGAGAUACUGGUGGUAAAAAUAUACUCAAUAAAAAUUGGGCAUCAUUUUUAAAAGCCCGUUUAAAUUGUUCAAUUCCUGGUGAAUUUCCAUUCUAUUUCAAUGAAAUUCAAAGCGUUUAUAAAUAUCCAAAUGAUGAUCGAAAAUUUUAUGCUGUAUUCAGUACAUCAACAACAAAUGGCCUGAUUGGUUCAGCAAUUUGUACAUUUAGUUUGAAUAAAAUUGAAGAAGUUUUCCUUGGAAAAUUUAAAGAACAAUCAACAUCAUCAUCAGCAUGGCUGCCAGUUUUAUCAAGUAAAGUACCUGAGCCACGUCCAGGUACAUGUGUUAAUGAUACACAAGUAUUACCGGAUUCUGUGCUGAAUUUUAUUCGUGGUCAUCCAUUAAUGGAUUCUGCUGUUGAACAUGAUAAUGGUCGUCCAAUUUUUUAUAAAAGAGACUUGAUUUUCACUCGUAUUGUUAUCGAUCGUUUGGAAGUUGAUGGUCUUCAAUAUACAGUAUAUUUUGCUGCGACCAACACUGGUUUAGUUUAUAAAAUUAUCGAAUGGUAUGAUCAAUCGGGUCAGGUUCAUACAAAUUUAGUCGAUAUAAUUGAAGCAACUAAUGGUGAACCAAUUAGAGCUAUUGAAAUAUCAUCACGUCAUAAGUCACUUUAUGUUGCAUCCGAUUCUGGUAUCAAACAAAUCGAUCUAUUUUGGUGUAAAAAUCAUUAUGAAAGUUGUACAAGAUGUAUCCAAGAUCCAUAUUGUGGAUGGGAUCCAGAUCAAAAUGAAUGCAAACCAUAUACAAUCGGAUUAAUGCAAGAUAUAAUGAAUGUAACGGCUGGAAUAUGUGAUAAUACAAUUGAACAUAAAUUAAUGAAAGUAAAUUGGGGACAAAGUAUUCAUCUUGCAUGUCAAAUACAUAGCCCUGAUAUUGAAUCGAUUAUCAAAACGAAAGGUCCAUUAAAAUGGUUAUACUAUCGUAGUGAUAAAUCAAGUGGUUUUGAAGUUUAUCCAAAACGUGAUAAAUAUAUUCAUACAUCCGAUAAUGGUCUAGUUAUAUUGGGUGUUACAGAUCGUGAAUCCGGUCGUUAUGAUUGUCGUCUUGGAUCGAACACCCUGUUUAGCUAUACAAUUAAUGUUGAUGCAAAAACAUGUUCGGCACCAAAUGAAUCAGAAUUUCGUAAAAUUUAUUCGGAUUGGUGUCAUGAAUUUGAAAAAUAUAAAACUGCAAUGAAAAAUUGGCAAAUUAAACAAUCGAAAUGCCUUGUGAAACAGCAAAGCCAUUUGAAAAAAUAACAUUUCCCAACUAAAACAUCGAAAUGCUCAAUUCUGGUCAAACAAAAAAACUUUUUCUUCCCUUCAUUCAAAUUCUCUCAAACCAAACCAAAUCGUCACACACAAUCAAGCAUCGAUGCCUGUGAUAAUAAUUGAUAAU